AUGGAGCAAGCAACAUUAUAUGAUCUUAACUUUCGUGUUCUCCGUCUGCACCAUCCAAAGAUUACAUCUAUUCUUGCAAGAUCUCCAUAUGUAGUUCUUUAUUCAUUUUCAGAUACGGAAAAAACAUGGGUAACAGAGCAGUUGGAUCUACCAUUUGGCUUAUCUAGACAGACCAAAGAGCACUGUGAAGGAACAUUGUUUAUAUUUUCAACGAAUAACGGAUAUGGUUAUACCAUUUUAAACCGACUCUCUUUGGAAUCAUUUUCAGCAGAUCUCGUUUGUCCUGAUGAUUUGGAAUAUUCUGAUCCAUAUGUUAUACAUAGACUCCACAACGGUAUUGCACCAGCUGCACAUGACAAAAUUUACGGCCUUUGGAUUUGGGAAGAAAUUGAUCGGCAAAAAAUAUCGUCUCUUAUGAUUAACUGUGCUAAACAUAACCUUGAAAAAACAUAA